CAUCAUCCCAGCCACCGAAUAAUCCCCAAAACCCACCUAACGUCAAUGCGCUCCGCCCCAUCACUUCGUCUUUUCCACCCUCUUCUUCUUUUCAUCUACAUUCCCUGCCUUUUAGCAUUUUCCUUCUGAUCGUGAGGUCAUUAUCCCACUACAUCCAUGUCUACUACACCACCACCACCCUCCCCUCGAUGAGCCAUAUCCAUCUACUACAACUACUACAACUGGAUCUACCCGCCUGGUGAUCCCCGCCUCCACAAUAAUCUCCAUCUCCAUCUCCACCAUCAAUAAACCACAAUGACACCGAUCCCGAUCCCACGAAUACCACCACCACCAAACCUCAACCUCCACAUCUCACUCCCCUUCACACAAAAAACCCAACCAUCCUCUCUAUCUCUCCGAAACAUCAUCCCCUCCGCCCUCCUCAAACGCUCCUCCGCCGCCUUCAUCCCCGGAACCUACAACAGCAACGGCCUUUCCCCCGGUGCCGUCGCCGGCGUCAUCAUCGGCAGCGUCCUAGGGUUCAUCUUCCUCCUAUACUUAAUAUUCCUCGCUUUGGGUGCCGGACGGCGCUUCUCCAGCGAACCCAGCACGGCGACGUCGGCAACAAUGUCAGAGGUGGUGGUGGAGGAAGAGGGAAGCUCGAUUUCGCGACGACCAUCGCGACGUCGGCGGCGCGAGGUUGUCGAGGAGGUCAUUGAGAGCGGUGGGACUCGGCGGAGUCGCAGGUCAAGAGCCAGUCGGGGGAGGGAUUCGCGUAUUGUUGUGGAGGAGUCGGUUACCUCGUCUGGUCCGUCGAAUGUGGUUGAGGUCGAGGAGGAACAUUCCAGUAUAGAGGGUUCCGGGGGCCAUGGGCGGAGGAGACGCAGUCGGCCGGGACAUUAUCGGGCUGUAGAUCCGUUGGCGUAUGGGGGGUUGACGGAGGAUGAGAGUUUGAGGUCGUAGUUGCGGACCCCGUGUAGUGGGUGUGUUGAGUGAUUGCUAUUGUGUUUUGUUAUAUAACGCUGUCGACGUGAUUUGGUCCUGACCCUUCGACGAUGAUUUGAUACCCUGCCCUGUGAUAUUUUUAUGAUGAUGUUUGAAUUGCGAGUCAGUUUUGCACGCAAAAGAAUUCAUGCACACGGAACUAGAAAUGAAUAAUGU